CGGGAACUCCGGUGCCUGAUUUUCUCCAACACGCAAACAAGCAACAGCAGCGCCACCUUCUUGUUGCUUUGUGCCACGCGAUCAGUUUCAACCUUUCAACAGCAACUCCCUCCUCAUCUCCCUUCUCCCUCCUCUCCGUCUCUCUUCAUCCAUCUCAUCACUCACUCUCUGCAGCUCUGCGUGCUCGUGUGAGUCCGUUGUUGUGUGUCUUUCCACACAAUCGUCGCUUCACCCAGCGACGAGCUGAACCAAGUCUCUAGCUAGCUCGCUCUUCAAGCCAUUCCCCACUGUCUGGCACAGGCAGCGGCUCGUAGCAAGCUUCAACCCGUGCACCUUGUACAAACUGCCGUUCCUGGGCCUGAGUGACGUUGUACACACCUUCUCAAGCGUUUUUGUUACCAGGCUCCCUUCGUGCUUCGCCUCGCGCAGGAGGGUUACUUGCCUUCCAAGCCCUUAACUCAAAGUUCUAUCGUGGACCAGUCUAUCGUCCUCUCCCAACACAAAACCACGCACGCACACACACACACACACACACACCGUUCAACACACAGCCACGCAAAGCUACGCUUUCUUCUCGUGGGACCAUGAACGCAAAGACAGCAGAGACGUUUGUCUCGCAGCGCAACAAAGAGGACGUGCCAGCGCUGCGCGCGCUCCUGGGCCGCUUCAUCCAGCGCUACUUUGAUGGAUACGGCAACUACACUGGCAAAAUCACCUCCAUCGAUGCCGACAACGCAACCGCUGCUGUCGUUUACGAGGACGGCGCCACGGAGGAAAUCUUCCUCGAUCAGAUCCAGCGCGCCCUUCUCCCGGCCUCGUACCGCCCUGCUCACGCCACGGAGGUGCUGCCGGGCGUUGAGCAGUACGGCUGCACCUGGCCUCCUCCAUCCGUCUCGCACAAACUCAUCCUGAACGAGCCCCGACGCAGGAAGCCGUCAAACCUUGCGCUUGAGCGCAUGCUCAUGGAGGAAGCGCGAAAGUUUGAACGGGAGGCGCGAAAACAGGAGAGAGCCGCCAACGCAGCCAAGAAGACAAAAUCAGCUGCUGCCGCAACCAGCACCAAGAAAGCUUCGCGCGUCACAAAGAAGAAAAAGCCCGCCAAAACACAGCCCGCGUCAUCCUCGCCCGCAACAAAGGCCACAACAAAGGCAAAGAAGACAAAGGUCAGCUCAGCUGCUGCUGCAAGGAGGAACUGCAAGGUUGCCACGAGCCCCACUGCCCGCGUAGCCCCAAGAGCCACCAGAGCUCCAACACCUUCUUCUUCAGCCACUCAGAACACAACGUCAAGAUCAACGCUCCGAGCAGCGUCCUCCGAAAGUUCAACUCCAACGAAGCGAGGAAGCGUCGGCAAGGCAACGCGUACGCGGACCACAGCACGCACAACCCCCGCUAAGAAGGCUUCGGCGGACCUCAGUUCUCCCUCGGCUCCAAGGACACGCACAUCACUUCGUUCUUCUCGACGAACUGCUGCUGCUGCUGCUGCUGCUGCUGCUGCUGCUGUUGCGAAGGAGAAUACCCAGAGCAAGCGCAGCGCAGCAGCACAGGCUGCCCCUUCCAAGCGUGCAAAGACCGCCACCAGUCGUAGCAGUCGGACGGGCGCCGAGGAAGCACUGUUGCAGGACAUGGCAGCUGCUGGCAUCACACAACGUCAGCCAUCGUCGUCUGCACCAGCAUCUGGGCGAGCCACGCCCCGGCUCACGCGACGGGUGAAGCCAAGUGCAAAGGUGCUGGCCAAUCAAGAGCAAGAGUUGGAAGCUGCCACGAGCAAGACGCAACACACCAAGCGCCCGAAAACAGGAACCGCCAAGCGAAGUGCAAGCGCCACCCUGCCCACGGGCAACGUGUUUGAAACUGACUUGCGUUCCUCAAAAACAACGCCGAUCAAGCACGAGCAAACGGCAACAAAGGAUCUUGGGAGCGCCGAAUGGGCUGCAGAGGUCGUGGCAGGGCCACCAUCGCCUCCGCCCCUGAAUGAGGAAGGCGAGCCCGUCGUGCUGGCCCUGGGGCCGUCAAAGCCGCUUUCAAAACAGCUGCUGAACCGCUUGCGUGCAUACCCGGAAUUUUCGCCAUCCACAUCGCGUGGGCACUCGCCCCCACCAUCUCAGAAGCGCGGGCCAAAGAGCAAGGCUACGUCCGGCAGGUCCACGCCAAGGAAGGCGGCCACCAAAGCAGGAAAGCGCGCCACAACGGCGCAUGCAGCCAAACCAUCAUCCCCAACAUCCCCGUCAUCGUCAGCAUCGCCCUCCUCGCGUCGUGCACAGGGUAAGCAGGCGUCCAAGCCCGGAACACCCUCGCCGAAAACCAGCUCGCCACUGGUGGUGGCCGCCAGCUCCCAAGGCUCCGAACAACGCGCUUGGAAGAUGUGUCCCAAGUGCAACAGAAAGCACUGGAACACGGAUCCGUGCUCGCUCAUGGACGCGCAAGCACAAGGGGCGGGCAGCGACCCGUCGAGCACCCAAGAGAAUGUGGCCACAAUGAGGCGCAAGUGGAGUGGCACAGCCACGCAAUCGCUGCUGGAGAUUCUCGAAUCGCAACAGCAGGCCGACAUGUUGGCCGCUGGAUCAUCGUCGCAUGCACGGACGAAAGUGAAGCUUUCCCCGCGACCGCCACUGCCAACUUCCACGCAACCUCUGCCCACAGAAACGCAGAAGACCCGCGUCGAUCGUGUGUACAGGAUCAUCGGCCGGAAGCAUGAUGUCACGUCCGGUGCGGAUGGUCGGUACGGCAUCACGGGUCACGCAACCAAGGGGAGCAUGGCAAAACUGCUGACGCUGCUGCAGAACAAGUGUGAGUUGAACGAGAAUGCAACGUUCUUGGACUUGGGCCAUGGCAUGGGCCGCCCCAACUUCCACGCAGCCGCAUUAACACCGCCAGUCAAGGCCAGUGUUGGCACGGAGUACAAUCCCCAUCUGUACAAGCAAUCCAUGCUCGUGCUUCGCGAGCUGGCCCAGGAGGACCCCUCCUACCUUGCCAACCCGCGUGUGUUCUUCAUGGAUCGGAACAUCCGAGAUCUCUCCAGCAUUGUACCCUUUACGCACCUCUUCUGCUUCAACAUUGGGAUGCCGGAUGACAUUGUGCGCCACAUCAUGAAGCUCAUUUCAGCCAGCACAACCCUCAAGUAUGCUGUGCUGUUUCCGCACAACUACGUGACGAGUGCGCGCAUCAGUGCGCUUGGGGAGCGCGUGUGCUCCCUGCCCAUGAGCAUGCCUGGUGGCUGCAGUUAUGAGGCCAUUGUCAUCAAGACGCGUCAGGCCAAGGCAGGUGACGGCUUCACCAAGGGGGACCAUGCCAGCAGUGCUGCAGCAUCGUCUGUCGACACGCUGCCAUCGCCGGCCGUCCUUGGCGAGGUCGAGCCCCGACUCCGCACCCACAUCUCAGACCGGGAUGAGGAUGUUGACUGCAUCUUCCAGCUGCUGGCGGAUCCACAGCUCUACUCCAUUUAUGUCCGCGACCUUGGCGCCGUUGGCGCGCUUGAGUUUGAAGAACGACAGCUUCGGUCCACACGCGCCAGCCGCCGCAGCUCCCACAACACCCGCUUCCUCGCCAUGAGCCCUUGCCUUCCAGACAUCCCUCUCGGACUUCUUCGCCGCGUCUGUAUUGCCCUCGGACUCUCCUCAUCCGGAGAGAAGGUCGAUCUGCUGGCAAAUGUGCAGGCAUAUGUGCCGGCGACCUUUGGCAUCUCCAUGUUUGCAACGGGCCAGCGCUACAGCUCCGACGACGUGGACCGUAUCGUCUCCAAGCUGCUUGCCAAGGAGCCAUCUCGCCGCCAACCCGAGCUUGCCUGAGCCCUCUGAUGGUUGUGUCACUUCUUUCUGUGUGUCUGUCUCUCUCUCUCUCUGUCUCUCUGUCUCUCUCUCUGUCUCUCUCUGUCUGUCUCUGUCUGUCUGUCUCUCUCUC